UCACAAUAAACGUCAGUUAAAUUCAUCUCAAAGUCAGAAACUUCCCAAGACAAUUUUAAUUGAAUUCGAAAAAGAAUAAAAGUUGAUAUAUGAAUGCGACCGGGAUUCAAACAAAUUCAUGUUAGAUUAAUGCCUAUACAAUCAAUUGUAAAUAAAAAGAAUUGAACUCCGUGACUUGUUAACACAGUUUCACAAUAUAAUUGCUUAGGUUAUUUUGUUAUCUUUAUUUUGGCACCCUUAAUUAAAUGCUGUAGGAGUCAAUCACUUGAAACACGAUUUCGUAAUGUGGAGUUUGGCGCAUAUUUGUCGUUGUUCUCAGCCAGUGCGAGUCGCACAGAACAAAAUACUUAGUAAUGUAGGACCGCGAUUAAUUAGCAGAGAGCUGACUAUUCCGACUCGCUUCAAUGUAGUAAGCUUAAGAAAUACAAAAGGUUUUAGGAUAACUGAAGUAAUCAAAUCAAAUGGUAUCAUAGGCCGGUUCUGUGCAAGUGGUCCUCAGCAGAAGCCUUCAAAGGCUGUGGGGUAUUGGCUUCUCGGCUGCAGCGGGAUGGUGUUCACAGCUGUAGUGCUAGGAGGUGUGACUCGUCUGACAGAGUCGGGACUGUCAAUGGUGACAUGGCGGCUACUGGGGGAGUCCCUGCCCACUACAGAAGAGCAGUGGCAGCAGGAGUUCGACAAGUACAAACAGUUCCCGGAAUAUAAAUAUAAAAACCAGAGCAUGACACUGUCAGAGUUCAAGUGGAUCUGGUGGAUGGAGUACCUGCACCGCACCUGGGGACGCUGCAUCGGAGCCGCGGUCUUCCUCCCCGCAGCCUACUUCUGGCGCAGAGGCUUCCUCGACAUACAUAUGAAGCGACGUGUCUCCGUCUACUGCGCACUCGUUGCUGCUCAGGGUGUGAUGGGCUGGUACAUGGUGAAGUCUGGUCUGGAGGACCGCUUCCAGGGUCCCUCGGACGUACCCCGUGUCUCUCAGUACCGGCUGGCAGCUCACCUCAGUCUCGCCUUCAUCUUGUACACGGGUCUGCUCGGUGGAGCUCUGCGGGUGCUCCGCCCCUUCCCCGCCGCAGCCACCUUGCAGAAGAUCAAGGAGUUGAAAAGUGUGACAGCCUUGGCACACACUGUUAAAGCUUUGGCUUUCUUUACUGCGAUGUCGGGUGCAUUUGUAGCGGGUCUGGAUGCAGGUCUGGUGUACAACUCGUUCCCUAAGAUGGGUGAGAGUUGGUUGCCGGAGGACAUCAUGUCCUUCAGUCCAGUGUUACGUAACUUGACUGAGAACCCGACGACUGUACAGUUUGACCACCGCGUGUUGGGGAUCACCACACUGCUGACUGCCUCCGCACUCACACUCACAGCUCGCUGCAAACCACUCUCACCCGCAGCCCGCACACUGGCUCAUGCUGUUGGAGCUAUGGCCUGGAUGCAGGUAGGUCUGGGUGUAGCGACACUGCUGACGUAUGUACCAACACCACUGGCCGCCAGUCACCAAGCUGGAUCACUGGCGCUGCUCACACUCGCCGUCUGCCUCACACAUGAGAUCAAACUCCUCAAGUACAUACCCAAGUGAAAUACAUCAACUUCUACACAAACUGCACUCGUUCUCAAACUAAUAACAAUGUAUCAUCA